UUUGUCCUCUGAGUGAAAUGGGAUGAUCUUCAGUGCUUGAACAUGCUGCUCCUGUGCGUCCUCUGAUGCUUUCACCUCUGAAGUCUGGAUGAUGUCCCCUGGGAGGACAGCGUCUGACCUGUAGGCCCAUCAGAAAAAGGAAGCAUGGACGUGGACCUGGAAGGGAUUAUCCAGUACAUCAAACAGGGCAAUGAGAACGGUGUUCAGACACAGCUGCAGGAGUUCAAUAAAGAGUUCGCCCAGUGCUUUUUCUUUGACGCAGAGGAGAGGGACCGAAGGAAGCAAAGAAGACUUGAGGAGUUCAAGAAGAAUAAAGUGAGGGACUACACUGAUUCUGACUCUGACUAUGACGAGUACGACCAGGAGGAUCGAGACCUCAUCCUCAGACAGAAUUUAGCUCUCGUUCUCUUGAGGUUCAUAAGGACAGGAGUUAAAUCUCGUGUGUUGAGAGUGUCUCUACGCACCCUGAGAAUCCUCUCCAGAGACAAAAAGGUCCUGGGACCCUUUGUGACCGACGGCGCUCUCCUGACUCUCGCCAAACUAGCCGGGCUCACCACAUGCGAUGCGAGCGAGGAAGCCAGUGACCCUGACAUUGACUUCUACGACAACAUCCUUGUCUCUCUCGCCGAGGCCAAAGUGUUGCAGUGUCGCGCCAACGAGUACGAUGGCGACAUGGAUGCCACCGACCAAAACGAAGAGGGCUGCACUUAUGACGAGGACGCCAAGAGCGACAUCAGCAACGCAACAAGUGGAGAUCUGGACAGCAUCAGCUGGUUCGGCAGCCACAGGACCAGCAUCAACGAAAUGCACAGAGGCAGCAUCAAUCACAAGAUGCUGGAGCGAGGCAGGAGGGACCGCAGGGAAAGCAAGAUGGAGACGGGGGAAGAGGAGCAGGAGGACGGGGAUUCAGGAGAGGAGGCGCAGAGAAAAGAGGCCUUGAAGGUGUUGUGUAAUGUGGUGUACAACAGCACCUGGGCACAGGAGAGGUUCAGUGCUCUCAGGCUCAUGUGUGGUCUCAUCGAGCGUCUGUCCUCCAGUGUCAGCUGCUCAUCUCCCUCCAGUGUUCAGUUCUAUGAACUACGCCUCAUGUUCCUCAUCACUGCACUACGCCCAGAGCUCAGGACUCAGCUUCAACAGGAGGGAGGCGUGUCCAUCCUCACUGCAGCUCUGGAGAGCUCCCUGGAAGUCCAGUGGACAGACCAGUAUGUAUGUGUGCUGGGCCCAACAACGCCACCCAUCUCCCUUGAAGCUUCUCAGCGAAUCAUCGAGAUCCUCAAAACCCUCUUCAACAUCACCUGCAGCACCCACAGGCAGGAGCCAAGUGAGGACAAUGCAGCUCUCUACCGGCACCUGGUGGCGCUCCUGCGUGUCUGCCUGAUGAGGAAGUGUAUCCUUCCAGAUGAUAAUUAUGAACUGCAGGGUCACACAGUCAACCUGUUGUCAGCACUGCCUCUCCAGUGUCUCGACGUGCUGCUGAUGGUGCCUGUGGAACCGGGCUCGCAGCAGUGCCAGGGUGUUAACAUGGACUGUGUCCACACCCUCAUGCUGUUCAUGGAAAGACGCCUGGAUUCGGGUGAUAAGAUCAAGGAGAAGCUGACUCCGAUCCUCAAUCUGCUGACAGAAAGCUGCAGGGCUCACAGAGAAACACGUCAUUACAUCAGGAAGCAUAUCCUGCCUCCUCUGAGAGACGCGACACACAGGCCAGAGGAAGGGUCCACUGUGAAGAGUCGUCUGAUCCGUCUUAUGACUCAUCUGGAUACAGAUGUCAAACACUGCGCUGCUGACUUCCUCUUUGUCCUCUGCAAGGAAAAUGUGAGUCGUUUUGUCAAGUACACGGGUUACGGUAAUGCGGCAGGCCUGCUGGCCUCCCGGGGCCUGCUGGGUGGCCAGAGCUGCAGGGCUCCCUCCACUGAUGGCCAGUACUCCAGCGACUCUGAUUCAGACACUGAGGAGUACCGGCAGGUCAAAGAUCGCAUCAACCUGGUAACGGGGCGGGUGGAGACAGAGCAGCCAGACCCCAUGGAGGGCAUGACAGAGGAGGAGAAGGAGGAGGAGGCCAAGAGGCUGAUCAUGCUUUUCAACAAGCUGUCAAGAGGUGGUAUCCAUGCGAUGACAAUGGAUACAGAGGGGAAGCUGGUCCAAAUGACAGGAAUGAGGGAAAACUCCCUCCCUGAGGAGAGAGAGUCUGAGUCAGAGAACGACAGAGAGGAAGAGGGAGAGAAGAACUGAAACGUGUCUCAUCUAUUCAUUCAGUUGAUGAUUUUCUUUUGUAAAUAUUUUAUUUCUAAAGUUUGACAGCACAUAAUUACAACAUAGUUCUAUAUUCUGAGACUGAAUUAACUCAAAAAGAUUUUUAAAAAAAGAUUUUUACUUUGUUCUUUGAAUUUAGACUAAUAUAGAACUAUAAUGUCACACUGGUUUCAGUUAAUAAUGAAAUUCUGAAUUGAUAGUAGAUGUGAGAAGCGAUUUUUUUUUCUGGUAACACAUAAUAUCCUCCAAAGGCAUAAUCAAGUCAUGACUUCUCACUGUACUGAAAUAAUGUGUAUUUUAAUCUGUAGUUUCAUUCAGUCUCUUCUGUAGAGUUACUUCAGAGUAAAUUUGGAAUAUGCUAAUAGGUAAAACACUCACUCGUUGGUUAGGCAUGCCCUUUGAAAAGAGAAGAUGAAAUAAACUUAUUUAAUAUUUAUAAUAAUAUUUAAUGUUUCUCUUCAGUCUCUGGUGUGAAGUGACACAUAACAGUGUCAGAAUGUGCUCAGGUGUAUAUUAUUGUGCAGAUCAUAAACAUUUAGACUGAUUCCAGAUGCUCUGCACACAUCUGCACUGUCAAGUCUGACUGAACAGUUGAGUUCAAGGGUUAUGUCUGUUUAUUAGAGGCUUAAGGUGUUGUUACAAUAUAUUCAUUAGUUUCAAAUUUCAAAUUCAUAGUUUUAAUGAGUGAAGUGUCUUUAUCCGAUUAUGAAUGUUGCUAGAUGUAGGAAAGUGUGAAAUUCAAUAAAUGUAUUCAUGUUUACAGCAACAAUUAAUCAAUCUGUUCUCAACUAUUAAAUUGUUCGCCAAUUAU